CAAAAGCAUAAAUCCGUUACCUUGGAAAUGCCUAACUGCAGGUUCUAGGUUUAAGGGACCACAAUGGAAAUAAGUCACUUAUUUUGUGUAAAAUAUGUGAAAUGUGUGUAAUAUGCAUUUUUUACUUUAAAAUAAAAUCAAUCAAUGAACCUUCAUAGCCCUAGCACUUGUGGAAUAUGUAAGUAUUGGAUAGGUUUAAAGCUUAACAGGGCUGCAAUCAUUGUUUAUACCUAUCCAAUCAUUCAGAUGUACCUGAAGGGCAUAAGAAGUGUAAUGGAGAAAUGUAAGAUCACUAAUGUUCGUAUUUAAAUUGCAUGUGACUGACAAUGUAUAACAUAUUCAGAGUCUCUGUAACCUACCUGAUUCACAUACAGUACUUAUCGACUCUGUAGUCUCCAGACAGACACUCAAGGUGUCGACUGAAUAUUUGGAAUGGUUUUACAUGUCUCUUGUUCGCUGAUAAUAGUAAUUGACGUCAGCUAAUCGCUGAAGGUCCUAGUACAAGGACCGAGGACACAGAGGAACACGUACACAUAUAGCGAUGUAUUACAUCAUAUAGCUCAGGGUAUAUAAGCUGUGUUCUUCCUAAUGGAGGUUGAACAAUUUUUCUGCUUUGAAGCUGAUUUUUGUUCCCUUGUUGCGAUCAAUUUUUGCAACUGGAAUUGUAUUCUUAUGUCCACUGGGACUACUAGUGGUUAUUUCAGGAUAUGGCCAGUGACUCUAGUCUAACCAAUAAGGUGCUGACUAUUUAAUUGCACAGGGUUAGAAAGGGAUUGAUUUUGAUUACAGGGUCAGUUUCUAGCAUUUUAUUAUACUCAAUCGGGUAUAUAUAUCUGAAUUAGGCAGAACAGGCUGUAAAGGACAGUAUUGCCGAUACAUGUCUUAUUGAAGAAAGAUACUUAGCUUAUAUCUUAUUGAGCAGGUAUGGCAGUGAGGUGGUGUUCCUAUAGGUUUGUUAUGUUGGUAGUGUUUGCAUGUUAUGCUGAUGCACAGCCCAACUGGUGGUUUCCUCCAACCAACAACCCCCAACCUCAAGUUAAGCCUAAGCAGCCCCAAUGGCCAGAGCCCCAGUGGCCACAGCAGCAAACUCCCCAGAAACCACAACAGCGGACUCCCCAGAGGCCAGAGUCCCAGGGGCCACAGCUGCAGACUCCCCAGAGGCCACAGCAGCAAACUCCCCAGAGACCCGAGCCCCAGUGGCCACAGCCCCAUGGACCACAGCUGCAGACUCCUCAGUGGCCACAGCUGCAGACUCCUCAGUGGCCACAGCUGCAGAAUCCCCAGAGACCAGAGCCCCAGGGGCCACAGCUACAGACUCCCCAGAGACCAGAGCCCCAGAGGCCACAGCCGCAGACUCCCCAGAGACCAGAGCCCCAGAGGCCACAGCCGCAGACUCCCCAGAGACCAGAGCCCCAUGGACCACAGCUGCAGACUCCCCAGUGGCCACAGCUGCAGACUCCCCAGUGGCCACAGCUGCAGACUCCUAAGAGACCAGAGCCCCAGGGGCCACAGCUGCAGACUCCCCAGAGACCAGAGCUCCAGGGGCCACAGCUGCAAGGGCCACAGCUGCAAACUCCCCAGAGACCAGAGCCCCAGGGGCCACAGCUGCUGACUCCCCAGAGACCAGAGACACAGGGGCCACAGCUACAGACUCCCCAGGCACCGGCACCCCAGGGGCCACAGCUGCAGACUCCCCAGAGACCAGCACCCCAGGGGCCACAACUGCAAGCUCCCCAGGGACCAGAGCCCCAGGGGCCACAGCUGCAGGCUCCCCAGGGGCCACAGCUACAGACUCCCCAGGCACCGGCACCCCAGGGGCCACAACUGCAGACUCCCCAGAGACCAGCACCCCAGGGGCCACAGCUGCAGGCUCCCCAGGGACCAGAGCCCCAGGGGACACAGCUGCAGGCUCCUCAGGGGCCACAGCUACAGACUCCCCAGAGACCAGCGCCCCAGGGGCCACAGCAGCAAACCACCCAGAGACCAGAGCCCCAGUGGCCACAGCUACAGACUCCCCAGGCGCCACAGCUACAGACUCCCCAGUGGCCACAGCUACAGACUCCCCAGGCGCCACAGCUGCAGACUCCCCAGGGGCCAGAGCCACAAGGUCCACAUAAGCAAACUCCCCAGUGGCCAGCAGUAACUAAAACUCAAAAUCCGAGAUGCCAAGUCGAGUCUAAGGAUACAGUGCAAUGUGGAACCCCUAAAAUUACUUUGGUUCAAUGUGAGGCUAUCGACUGCUGCUUCAAUGGACAGCAGUGCUACUAUGGGAAGGCAGUGACUGUGCAGUGUACCAUGGAUGCUCAGUUUGUGGUGGUGGUGGCCAGGAAUGCCACUUGGCCCAAAAUAGACAUUGAUACCAUCAUUCUGCUGGGGGGAAACAACGGCCCCUGCAGUCCUGUUGGCAUCACUUCAGCCUUUGCCAUAUACCAGUUCCCUGUCACAGCCUGUGGAACCACUCUGAAGGAGGAAAAUGGUUAUAUGGUUUAUGAGAACAGGAUGGUGUCUUCCUAUGAAGUGGGGGUCGUACCCCAAGGCGCCAUCACCAGAGACAGCCAAUUUGAGCUGCUGUUCCAGUGUAAGUACUCCAAUACUGCGGUGAAGGCUCUGGUUAUUGAGGUGAACAGUGUUCCUGCACGCGCUCCGGUUGCUGUUAUGGGACCGCUCAGAUUGGAACUCAGACUAGCCAAAGGAAUUUGUGACACCAAGACAUGUAAAGAUGAGUCCAGUGCCUUCACAUCGUUUUACACUGAGGAAGACUACCCUCUCACUAAAGUCCUGAGACAACCUGUAUACGUUGAGGUGCGCAUCCUGGAGAAGAAGGAUCCCAACCUGGUCCUAUUGCUGGAGCGCUGCUGGACCACCUCUGACCCCAGCCUUGUCAGCAUGCCCCAGUGGGACCUCCUCAUUGAAAAAUGUUCCUACCAGAAUGAUAAGUACCAGACCACCAUGGUCCCUGUGGAACUCUCCUCUGGCCUUCUGUACCCCAGCCACUACAAACGCUUCAUCCUCAAGAUGUUUACCUUUGUGGAUCACACUCUGGCUCCCCGCAAAGAUACAAUUUUCAUCCACUGUAGUGCAUCUUUGUGCUACCCUACUCCAUGGGACUCCUGUGAACCAAAAUGCAGCAAACAAAGAAGAGAUGUUGCUUGGAGGAAGACUAGGCAAACUGCUGUGGUCUCCAGUGGAGAAGUGGUCCUGGUUGACAAAAAGCCAGCCUAGCCUUCCAACUACUGAUACUAGCUACAGUUUGUAGCAGGAUAUGAAAUGAUGUAUUCCGUCCUUCCAUACCCAUUACAGUGUAGGUAUUGAAAAGCACUGGCAGUACUUUUUCUACGAACCUUUUACCUGGCGAUUGUUUCUAAUUUCUUAAUACAGAAGAAACGUGUCUCUUAUAAACGUCCUUGUCCAGUUGCAGGUGAUACUCCAAAAAUGAGACUAUUCAGAAAGAUAUGAAAUCAACUUUUUGCACGGAGUGAGGAGUUCCCUCGCCUUUCCCAACAUAUUGUAGGGACUACUCUUUUCUAUGCGACACGGUGCAGCAACGCGUAGAAGUAGACAACAGCGCAUCACACAGUGCGACCAAAACAAUGUUCUAUACACAUGCAAGAGGCAUUUCUCAUUAGAUACAAACAGUGGAUUUAAUAUUUUUCUGAAUAUUCUAGUUUUUUUUUUGUUCCAUCUGCAACUGGACAAAUUAGUUUAUAAGACUCUGGAACCUUCUGAAUCGAGAAUGAAGAAUGUACCGCAAAGUAAAGGUUUGUCUAAAAUUUCCUGAUUACGGCUAAACAGCCAUAUCAAUGGCUAUGAUAAAACAUGGGUUCCUGAUUUCGCAACGUAUUCGUUUCUAAUAAACAGUUGUACCCCCCAAAUUAUAUUAACUUAUUUGUGUAUAUUAAAACCUACUCUUACCACAGAAAUGUGGAUAUAGGAUCUGUAAAUCUUGUCAGGUUUGUUAUGUGAAGGCAUUGUCUUAUACCUGGAAUCAUUGAAAGCAGUGGUCAAGGUUGUGUAGAACUAUCAUUCUAUGCUAGGCCACUCCAACCCUGUUCCUGUAGUGCUACCCUCCUGUAGGUUUUCACUGCACCUGAGUAUAACAAU